CCAAUACCAAGAUCGCACCUUAUCAUAUGAUGUCAUAACCCAGGUAGGUCAGCCCUGUUUCUCAGAACGACUGAAGUUUCUACCAGGACAGAACAUUCCAGCCGACCUUGAAGAGGAGAUUCAGUGUGUCAACACCCACCUCCAUGCUUGAAUGGUCCUUUGGUGAUUUUGGAGAUUCCUGAUGUAAUUGUGUCAAGGACUCGUACAGACGAACAGUGAGCCUCAGAGAGCACAAAAGAGAGUUUAAAAGAGAAAGUGCAGAGACAUGGCGGCUUUCGGUCUGGAGUUAGUGGGAGUCACGCUCUCGGUUCUUGGCUGGAUUCUCAGCAUUGUGUGCUGUGCUUUGCCCAUGUGGAGGGUCACCGCGUUCAUCGGCAACAACAUCGUCACGGCGCAGGUGUACUGGGAGGGAAUCUGGAUGAGCUGUGUGGUUCAGAGUACUGGACAGAUGCAGUGUAAAGUCUACGACUCCAUGUUGUCUCUUGCCGCAGACCUACAGGCGGCUCGCGCUCUGGUGGUGGUGUCCAUUAUCUUGGGCAUCCUUGCGCUCUUUGUCUCAAUAGUGGGGGCCAAGUGCACCAACUGCAUUGAGGAUGAAGGGGCCAAAGCCCGUGUCAUGAUCAGCUCUGGUGCCGCUUUCAUAACAGCCGCGGUCAUGCAGCUCAUUCCCGUGUCCUGGUCAGCGCACACCGUUAUUUUGGAGUUCUACAGUCCAGUUGUUCCAGAAGCUCAGAAGAUGGAAAUAGGGGUAAAAAUGUCGAUGGGAAUGGAGCUUGGGGGCAUUGCCCUUGGCAUCAUUGGCUGGAUCAUUAGUAUUGUCGCUUGCGCUCUUCCAAUGUGGCGUGUCUCGGCCUUCGUGGGCGCAAACAUCGUCACGGCACAAGUCAUCUGGGAAGGUUUAUGGAUGAAUUGUGUUGUCCAGAGCACCGGACAGAUGCAAUGCAAGGUCUACGACUCUAUGCUUGCUCUAUCGCAGGAUCUCCAGGCUUCCAGGGCCAUGUCGGUCGUCGCCAUCAUCUUGGCCAUCCUGGGCGUGUUGAUCUCCAUCAUGGGCGCCAAAUGCACCAACUGUAUCGAGGAUGAAGCAUCCAAGGCUAAAGUGAUGAUCGUCUCCGGCGUGAUGUUCAUUAUUGCCGGCGUCCUGGUGCUCAUUCCGGCGGCCUGGGUGGCAAACCAAACCAUUCGGGACUUCUACAACCCAUUACUGACCACCGCUCAGCAAAGAGAGCUUGGGGCAUCCAUCUACAUAGGGUUUGCCGCUGCUGCUCUGCUGCUGAUCGGAGGAGCGUUGCUGUGCUGCACCUGUCCUCCACGGGAGAAGAAGUACAAGCCACCAAGAAUGGGCUACUCUGCUCCACGCUCCGUCAGUGGUGGAUAUGACAGGAAGGACUAUGUUUAAAAUUAGUUCUCUUGUGAAAAAGUAGAAACAAAAAAAAAAAAUUUGAAGAUCUCACCAAAAGGAUGGAGAUGCUUCUGAAAGGACUCCGCAAUGAAGGGUCAUACGAUUGCUUUUUGACUGUUUAAGACUGUGUGUGUGUGUGUGUGUGUGUGUGUGUGUUAAGGGCUGGUAGGUUUACCUGUCAGGGAUUUUGUGUUUAUACAUUUUAUGUUUUAGAAUAUUUGUGUUUUUUGUUCAACUGUUCCUGCUUCUUGUGAUACCCAAAGGUCAACAAUGAAAUAACUAGUGUCAAAAUUGACUCUUUGUUCUUUGUAAGCAGACAUGAAAAGAUGUCUAAAAACAGUUUCUGUGUCGUUUUGAUGGCUUAUCUGUCGCUUACGUAUGUUGGCAGGAAGAGAAAGGCUUCAGCUCUUUACAUAUAUUUGCUUAUGAAAAUUUCACUGAACACAGAAACUGAAGAUAUGUUUUGUUUUUCCUUUUACAUUUCAAAUUUAUAGAGGUUGUACAUCAUCGCCUUUCUGUAUAGUUUACUUAAACCUUUUUGUACAAUUGUUUUAUUAUUCGUUGAUGUUUUUUACAGAUUUAAAAGACAUUGUUGAGUGUAUUUUCUACAUAACCGUUUAAAUAUUUGUCAAAAUUGAAUGCUUGGAAAAGUAAAGUAGUACAAUAGUUGAUAUAUAAAACAAAUGGUCAGUUACAACAAACAAUAGACUGUUGGAGUGGUUGUACCUGUUUGCUCCUUUGUUGUACAAUUGGGCCAGUGAUGUGAAUACACAUUCUGAGAUCGACCACUCGGUUUACAAACCUUAGGCAAGCUGUACUGUUUGCCAUAGGUGGUGGCAGACAGAUCCAACCAAAACCGGUCUGAGUGACUGUGAGGUGAAAAGGAAUGGGAAUUAAACAGGAAACUUAUAAGUUGCAAAUGUUUAGCUUAUCAUAUGCAUAUACUGUAUGUUUGUACUUAAGUGCAUUGUAAUUUCAACAUGACUGCAAUAAAAACAGAAUUUAUGCUUUAA